AUGUUACUUCGCGAGUGUGCACAUGGAAUCGAUUUGCACGUUCAUUUAGAUGGUGCUGUUAGACCGGAAACACUUUAUGAGCUGAUAAACAGUGAAACGCUGUCAAAAGCUCCUAGAUCGGUGCUAGAACUCCGAGAAAAACUGAUCCCAAAAGCUCCAUAUUCAUUAAAGGGAUUUCUGAAAGCCUUCGAUAUUAUAGUACCGCUAAUUUCUGGCAAAAAAGUUACUUUAGCGCGUAUUUGUAAGGAGUUUGUUGAAGAUUGUGUGAAACUCGGUGGACUAUGUUAUGUGGAGACAAGAUUCUGUCCGUUCAUUUGA